UUUCUCCACGAGCUCGUUCACUGAGACUGAGAGAGCAAUCGAGUUAUGGCCGCCAUGGCGCUCCGGCCUUGCCCCGUUCUCCCUGCGCGGCUGCGCACCCGAACUCCAGCUCCCUUGUGCGCGGUGGCGAAGCAAAAGGGCGCCACUCUUGCGCCUGUCUCCAUCCCAUCAUCCUCCGCUCUUCCGAAGAAGAAGGUUUUGGUGCCUGUAGGACUGGGGAGUGAGGAGAUGGAGGCGGUUAUUCUGGUUGACGUCCUCCGCCGUGCCGGUGCUGAUGUUGUCAUGGCCUCCGUCGAGCCUGAGCUCGAGAUUAUGGCCUCUUCUGGAACCAGGCUAGUAGCGGAUACUCUCAUUUCGGAUUGUGCCGAUGAGGUGUUCGAUCUUGUGGCUCUUCCGGGAGGAAUGCCAGGCUCUGCACGAUUAAGGGAUAGUGAAAUUCUUCGACAGAUCACAGUUAAACAAGCUGAGAAAAAAAGAUUAUAUGGUGCCAUAUGUGCUGCUCCUGCUGUUGCUCUUGGACCUUGGGGUCUUCUCAAGAGAAAGCAUGUAACUGGUCAUCCUGCCUUCAAGGACAAGCUUCCAACUUUUCGCUCAGUUGAUUCAAACAUCCAAGUAUCUGGAGAGCUAACAACAAGCCGUGGUCCUGGGACUGCCUUUGAAUUUGCUUUGUCAUUUGUUCAACAAUUGUUUGGUGAUAAUGUGGCAGCAGAGGUUGGAGGAAUUCUGCUCAUGAAAAAUGAUGGUGGCCACCAUAAGAAGAAAGAAUUCAAUCAAAUCGAUUGGUCUUUUGAUCAGAUCCCUCAUGUUCUUAUUCCAAUUGCAAAUGGCUCAGAAGAGAUGGAAGUAGUAAUGUUGGUUGACAUACUAAGGCGGGCUAAGGUGUAUGUUGUAAUUGCUUCCAUUGAGAAGUCUAAACAAAUUGUAGCAUCUCAAAGUACAAAGAUUGUCGCAGACAAGUCUAUAGCUGAUGCUUCUGGCACAACUUAUGAUCUGAUUAUUCUUCCGGGAGGAGUUACUGGUUCUGAGAGACUUCAGAAGUCCAGAAUCCUAAAGAAGUUGCUAAAAGAACAAAAGCUAGCAGGAAGGAUAUAUGGCGGGAUUUGUUCAUCCCCUUUUGUCCUGCAAAAGCAAGGUCUUCUUAAGGAUAAAAUAGCCACCGCACAUCCUACCACCAUUUCCAAGCUCACUGGCCAAGUUGAUGAUGAAACUGAUGUCAUCAUCGACGGGAAUCUCAUUACCGGCAGAGGCCUUGUAACCGUGAUUGACUUUGCACUGGCUAUCAUCAACAAGUUAUUCGGCCUUUCUCGUACCAGAAGUGUGGCAGAAGGACUUGUUUUUGAUUACCCGAAAAACUAGUAUUGAAGUUGAUAGGUAACUCAGCUAACAUAUACACUGAGACUAAGAUUACCAUGUUAAUGCCCCACCAACAUCAUCAUAUGAAAGAUCACUUGAGAAGCAUUCCAGGUUUGCUAUUUUCCUGGAAAGAAUUUAUGUAGAGUUCUUAAUUUUAGAUUUUGUUCCAAAAAAAUAAAAAUCUUAUUUUUCACAGUAAUAAAGUCGCAUUCACUUCAAUAUGUGAUCAUCCAAUAGAGAGUAGUAGUUAAUAAAUGCAGCUUC